AAAUAAAAUCCAUUGUUUGGGUUGCAUGUUCCUCUCGCUAUAAUGUUUAAAAGUAUACCCAACGAAAUCAUUUCACAUAUUUUAAAAUUGCUUACUUCAGAUGGAGAUCUUAAGCAAUGCACCUUUGUGUGUAAACAAUGGAGUUAUCUGGCUUUAGAACUACUCUGGUACAAACCGAAUUUUGUUAACCCAACGUCUUGGUUAGCAUUUUUCACCGUGAUACAAUCGACACAAACCAGUUUCCCUUACACUUCAUUCAUAAGAAGAAUCAACUUGUCGCCACUCUCAAACCUGGUGGAAGAUAUUCAUAUUAUCACGCUAACAGCCUGCACCAGAGUGGAAAGAUUAACAUUGGCCGGUUGCUCAAAAUUAACUGACGUUGGUUUAUGCGCUUUAAUCACUCACCAAAAGUGUCAUGGUAUAGGCGCGGAACUUGUUUCAAUUGACCUUAGUGAUGUUGUCCAAGUGACUGACACCACAGUUUUAAAGAUCGCCCAUUGUUGUCCAAACUUACAGGGUUUCAACUUGGGUAUGAGCCAGGAACAACAAUCGAUUACGGAUACGAGUGUUGUCGAGCUGGCUAAACAGUGUAGAAAUUUAAAAAGAAUCAAACUGAAUAAUUGCACUAAGAUCACAGAGAGGUCUGCCAUCGAUCUUGCAUCCCAUUGUCCUCGUCUUGUGGAGGUGGAUUUUACGAACUGCAAAAUAAACGAUGCAGCGUUAGAAAUGGUAUUUCAUCAUUGCCGUGAUUUAAGAGAACUUCGAAUAAGUCAAAGCGAGGUACCCAAUCCCCGAAUUAGCGAUCAAGCAUUUUUGGAUUCUUCUCUUUGUCUCAAACAACAGAUUAAAAACCCACCUAUUUACUAUUAUGAUCAACUUCGACUUGUUGAUUUUACUGCAAUAUCCACGAUUACAGAUCAGUCAUUAAAAGUCCUGAUUAACUCAGCACCCAAGAUUAAAAGCUUAGUGCUAAACAAGUGCUCUAGGAUUACAGAUGAAGGAUUAAUGUCAGUCUGCAAACUAGGUCGAUUUUUGCAUUUUCUGCAUUUGGGACAUUGUGUGAAUUUAACAGACAGAUCAAUAACGAAGCUUGCUCUAUAUUGCAGCCGAAUUCGAUAUUUGGAUAUGGCAUGCUGUAUCAAUAUAACAGAUAGAUCAGUGAUCGAGCUGGCAAAUCUUCCUAAAUUAAAAAGAAUUGGUUUGGUCAAGUGCUCUAAUAUAACGGAUAUUGCUAUCAGUGCUUUAACAAGUCAAAUCCGGAUAUCCAAUACCUUAGAACGAAUUCAUCUUAGCCAUUGUACUCAACUCAGUAUAAGGGAGAUAUCAAACCUUUUAAACGUGUGUCAUCGAUUAAACCAUUUAAGCUUAACAAACGUGCCUUCCUUUCUGAGGAGCGAUUUGCAAGCGUUUUGUCGAACUGCCCCUAAAGAAUUUUCUGAAUUGCAGCUUCGCACUUUUUGCGUAUUUAGUGGGAAAGGUGUUCAAGAACUUCGAGACUAUCUAAAUACGCUUCAUGAAAACUAUACAAACUCAUUUAACAAUAAUUCACGACUAGAAUAAAUAAACUUUUGCAUUUAUUACCCU